AUGAGGUGGCUGUCGACGCUGGCGGCCGUGGCCGUGCUCCUGGCCACCUCAGCAGGCGGCCAGAGCCAGGAGGGUCCGAGCCCCGGGCUCGCGGACAAACCGAAAGUCCCGGGCAGCACCACGGACAGCGGCAAGACCAGACCCACAGACAGCUCCGUCACCGACAGCACCACCGACAGUGUCACCGACGGCACGGAUGGUACUGCCGCAAACAGCCGGGCCACAAAGCCCACGAGCGUGGGCGGAGAGCGCUUUGGGGGCAGCGCCACGGCCAAGGCCCCGCACCCCGAGGGCGUGAGUUCCCCGGCCCCGGCCACCGCCACAGCCGGCGUCGGGGGCGACGGCCCGGCCACCUUUCCAGGGCAGCCGUGGCAGUGGAGGAGGCGCGUCUACUUCCGAGAAGAAUUCGAAGACGGCGAUGGAUGGAAAAAACGGUGGGUCCAAUCUAAACACUUGCCAGAAUAUGGUAAAUUCCAGCUGACAGCUGGGAAGUUCUAUGGAGACAAGGAGAAGGAUAAAGGUCUCCAGACGAGUGAAGAUGCCAAGUUUUACGCCUUGUCGGCCCGAUUCGAGCCCUUCAGCAACGAGGGUCAGAGUUUGGUAUUGCAGUUCUCAGUGAAACACGAGCAGGGGAUUGAUUGUGGGGGAGGCUACGUUAAGCUCUUUCCUCAGGACCUGGACCAAGAGGACAUGCAUUCCAACUCAUCCUACUACAUCAUGUUUGGCCCAGAUAUCUGUGGAAUGGGAAACAACAAGGUACAUGUCAUCCUUAAUUAUAAAGGAAAAAACCAUGAAAUUAAUAAAACCAUCAAGUGCAGGAUCAACAAGGACACUCACCUGUAUACUCUGAUCCUUCGUCCAGAUUCCACUUAUGGAGUCAAGAUAGAUAAUGAACUGGUGAUAGUGGGGGCCUUAGAAGAUGACUGGGAUUUUCUCCCCCCUAAAAAAAUCAAAGAUCCAUAUGCAAGGAAGCCUCGAAAGUGGGAUGAGCGACUCCAAAUUGAGGAUCCCGAUGACAAAAAACCAGAGGACUGGGAAGAUUUUGAAAAAAUUCCGGAUCCAAAUGUGAAGAAACCUUAUGACUGGGAUACAGCAAUGGACGGCGAGUGGGAAGCUCCUUUGAUCCCAAACCCAAAGUAUAAGGGUGUGUGGAAACGUCGAAUAAUCGAUAACCCGAAUUAUAAAGGUGAGUGGGUACAUCCAGAAAUCGACAAUCCGAAGUAUAAACCAGAUCCCAAUAUUUACAGAUAUUACAACAUCAGUGUCCUGGGCCUGGAUAUUUGGCAGGUAAAAUCCGGAUCAAUAUUUGACAAUUUCCUCCUGACAAAUGAUGAGGAAUUUGCAGAAAAAGUUGGGAAUCAGACCUGGGGAGUGAGAAAGGACCCAGAAAGGAUAUGGAGGGAAGCCUUUGAAGAAGAGGAAAAGAGAAAACAGCUAGAAGAGACCAAAAAAAAGAUGGAAGCUGAUGAUGAAGAAGAGAAGAAAUAUGCAAUAGAGGAAGAGGCGGAUGAUGAGGAGGAGGAGGAAGAGUUUGCCGACCAGUCUGAACCGGAAAAAGAAAAAGAACUGAAGGAAGAAGAAGACGAGACAAGAGGAGGGAAUGGGACCACUAGGGCAGACAUAAAGGAUGAAUUAUAAUCGUAGUGGCCUUAGUAACUCAUAGUCAGUAGGUAAUGGGCCAUUGUUAAUUAGGCUUGGUAGGACACUAAAAACAAUUCAAACACAAAGGCCACAAACAUGUAUUAUGCUCCGAGAGUAUGCAGUCAGGGCUAAGUGCAGGGGGUGGUACUUGCCUUCAAGAAGCUUGUAUGGUCUAAGAAAGUCUUACUCCCUGUGGUCCUCCUUGGAUGUACUGUUGACAUAUCACUCAUGAAAUGCAUGGGCAAAAAACAGUCCUUGGCCGACACUGGGUGCUGUGCCAGGAAGUUAAGGACAACCAAGUAAAGAGUGGGCUUGUGCUCUUGACUUGUGCUUCCGGGUUCCUUCUGGCCACAAAUGGUACAUGAGACCUUUGAUUCAAAUACAUUUUUUUGUUCAAUUAUUUAAAUUUUUACCACCAAGUGUCCAACAAUAAAGGAAAGAAUC